GCGUGGUCGAGCAGCAAGAUGGCGGACGCUCUGGUUGGAUAUGAGAAAGAAGCUGGAUGCGUCCCGAUCCUCCAUCCAGAGGAAAUUAAACCCCAGAGCCACUAUAACCAUGGCUAUAACGAGAGCCGCAAGAGCCAUGUGGACGACUACAGCACUUGGGAUAUCGUCAAAGCCACCCAAUAUGGGAUAUUCGAGCGCUGCCGUGAGCUGGUGGAGGCCGGAUAUGACGUUCGUCAGCCGGAUAAAGAAAACGUCACGCUCCUCCACUGGGCCGCAAUCAACAACCGUGUAGAUUUGGUCAAGUAUUACAUAUCCAAAGGUGCUAUAGUGGACCAGCUGGGAGGAGAUCUCAACUCCACACCGUUGCACUGGGCUACAAGACAAGGUCAUCUCUCCAUGGUGGUGCAGUUAAUGAAGUACGGCGCUGAUCCAUCUCUCAUCGAUGGCGAGGGUUGUAGUUGUGGUCAUCUGGCUGCUCAAUUUGGACACACAUCUAUCGUGGCUUACCUCAUCGCCAAGGGACAGGAUGUGGAUAUGAUGGAUCAGAAUGGCAUGACCCCUUUGAUGUGGGCUGCAUAUCGGACACACAGUGUUGACCCGACACGACUGUUGCUGACGUUUAAUGUGUCCGUGAAUCUGGGUGAUAAAUAUCAUAAGAACACGGCUCUACACUGGGCCGUUCUGGCCGGAAACACUACUGUCAUCAGUCUGCUUCUGGAGGCUAAUGCUAACGUCGAUGCACAGAACAUCAAGGGAGAGACGCCGCUGGAUCUAGCUAAACAGAGGAAAAAUGUCUGGAUGAUCAAUCAUCUGCAGGAGGCCAGACAGGCCAAAGGCUACGACAGCCCAUCAUAUCUGAAACGACUCAAGAUGGACAAGGAGUUCAGACAGAAGGUGAUGUUGGGAACUCCCUUCCUGGUGAUUUGGCUGGUCGGAUUUAUUGCUGAUUUGGACAUUGAUUCGUGGCUCAUCAAGGGUGUGAUGUAUGCAGUGAUGUGGCUCGUCGUGCAGUUCCUGUCCAAGUCUUUCUUCGAUCACUCCAUGCACAGCGCUCUUCCUCUGGGCAUCUAUCUGGCCACUAAAUUCUGGAUGUACAUCACCUGGUUUUAUUGGUUUUGGAAUGAUCUCCCAUUCGUCACCAUCCACCUGCCCUUCCUGCUCAACAGUCUGGCUCUUUUCUACAACUUUGGCAAGUCCUGGAAGUCCGACCCUGGCAUUAUCAAAGCAUCAGAGGAGCAGAAGAAAAAGACUAUAGUUGAAUUGGCAGAAACAGGCUGUCUGGAUCUCAGCAUAUUCUGCAGCACCUGUUUGAUACGGAAGCCCAUCAGGUCAAAACACUGCGCCGUGUGCAAUCGAUGCAUCGCCAAGUUUGAUCACCACUGCCCGUGGGUUGGGAACUGCGUCGGAAGUGGAAACCACCGUUAUUUUAUGGGCUACUUGUUCUUCCUGUUGUGCAUGAUCUGUUGGAUGAUGUACGGAUGCAUUUGUUACUGGAGGAUUCACUGUGCCACCAGCUACACUAAAGACGGCUUCUGGAUCUACAUCACUCAGAUCGCCACCUGCUCGCCGUGGAUGUUCUGGAUGUUUCUCAACAGCGUCUUUCACUUCAUGUGGGUCGCGGUGCUCAUCAUGUGCCAGCUCUACCAGAUCGCUGUUCUGGGCAUUACCACAAAUGAGCGAAUGAACGCCAGAAGAUAUAAGCACUUUAAAGUCACAGCCACGUCCAUCGAGAGCCCAUUCAAUCACGGCUGCAUGCGUAACCUCAUCGAUUUCUUCGAGCUGCGCUGCUGCGGCCUCCUGCGGCCCGUACCCAUAGACUGGACCUCGCAGUACACAAUAGAGUACGACCAGACGUCCGGCUCAGGAUACCAGCUGGUGUAGCGCAGUGAAUGAACGAGUGAAUAAAUGAACCAGAAAGAGGAGAAGAAGAUAAAGAGGGGAGAGGUUUUCCAGAAGUGCUGCUCACGGGACCAUCUCCUUCAUCAGGAUUAUAACGCAUGCUGUUUUAUCGGUUCGCAUCGACAACUAAAACCCGCACACCUGCCAUCGACGGCACUACGAGAAGCAGGAAGGGGAGGAGUCUGAUGACAUCACAGCCGACCCCUCCUCCAUUGCUCAGGAGAGACGAUUCGUGGUUCGUUUUCGCACAUCGGCUUACGUUCGUUCUUUUUACGUUCGGUUUUCUUCCUGUGACCCCCUUUUAAAGUGAUAUCAGAUCGUUCGUCAUUUUGUGCAAGACUGAAGAUUAGCAUUAGCCGUUUUUGAGGAAUCGUUCUGCGUGAAAUUCGGAUUUCGUCAUCGUUUGCUUAGUUUCGUGUCGCUUCAAAUAUGUUUUUCCUUCGUGGGACACAAAAGGAGAUAUUUAGACGAGUGUUCACGCUGUUCACAUAUUUAAUAGAUUUUUAUUUGAAAGUAAGGGUAACACUUUACUAUAAGGUUGUAUUAGUUAAUACAUUUACUAACAUGAACAAACAAUGAACAAUACAUUUAUUACAGUAUUUCUAUUUCAUGUUAGUUAACGAAAAUACAGUUGUUAGUUCUUGCUAACUCACAGUGCAUCAACUAACGUUAACAAGCAUGAAUUUGGAUGCUAAUAAUGCAUUAAUACAUGUUGAACUAUCAUUAAUAAAUGCUGUUCAUAAUUAAUGUUAGUAAAUACAUUAACUAAUGAAACCUUAUUGUAAAGUGUGACCAUAGUAAGUAAUGCACAUAAUUGUUUGGAGCGAGAUUAUGUUGAGUAGAUAAUGACGUAAACAUUUCAUUUCGUUUUGUUGAACGAUUCCUUCUGAUUCGUCUGAUCGUGAUUCCUUUAUUUGGAUAUGAAUCGGAUCAAACGAGCAUCGUGCAGACGCGUUCACAUGAACACGAGAUUCCCUCUUUACAUAAUGUGACUUAAAGCAUAUUUAUUUUAACCUAUUUAUGUAGUAUUUUUCAGAGAGUAACUAUGUGGUCAUCAUUUUUUUGUUUUUUUACAGUUCAGCAUAUAUGUACAUUUGCAGCAUGUUUAAUAGUUUAGGCGGGGGAGACGUAUGAAAUGGGUCGAGAUGAAAAAAUGGGUUAUAUUUCACUCCAAAAUUUAAAUUAAGCGUAUUAAAAUUUAGUUUGGUUAAAGAAAAUGAAGCUUGUUUAGUAGUUUUUGGCAUUACAAAAUAGUUUUCGGUAUUUAAACACAUUUUACCUUUAAUUCUCAUUACCGUAAUGCACUAAAACGUAUCAUUCUCAUCACUGCAUUUACUUUUAAAUGUCAAAGUGUAUUAUACUGCCUUUAAACUAUAAUCAUUUGUAUAAAAAGUAAUUAUAAUUAAGUUUUUUGUCCUGUAAAAAGUACUGUAUUGCAAUAAAUAAACUCACCUGCAUGCAUUACGGUAAUGAGUGCUAGAAAUGUGCUAAACUUCCAUCAAAAUAAUGUUGUAAUGCAAAACAUAAAAAUAAUAUGAUGCUGGGUCUCAUUAACGAAUACCAGAUCUCAUUACUGCAAUUAUUUAGGUGGCAAAGCAUAUUAUGAUGGCUUUAUUUAAAUCGAAUUCACCAAAAUAAUUAUAUUACAGCAAUGUUUACUGUAAAACAAAAUUAUCGUAUAGCAGCGUGUAAAUCACUUCACAGUAUUACCCUCACAUUACGGUAAUGAGCACAGAGAGACGUGCUAAAUUGUUCAUCAAAAUAAUAAUUCUCAGCACAAAAACAUUCUCUGUACUGUAAUUACUUGGAUAAUAAAGCAUACAAUACUGCCUUUUUAACUCGCCUGCAUGCAUUACGGUAAUGAGCACUAUGGGAGAAAUGUGCUGAAUUUACAUCAUAAUAAUGUUUUAAUCAUCAUCAGUUUUUAUAAAAAUACAUGUGAUUUUGGGUUCUCAUUACUGUAAUGUAUAAAGACGUUCUGGUAAUGAGCACUGAGAGAGAAAUCUGCUGAAUUCACAUCAAAACAAUGUUUUAUUUUUCAUCAAAAUAAUAUUAUACUGCAAAACAUCCUUAGUUUACAAAUUAGAUAUUGGUUUCUCAUUACCACAAUACACAAAAUUCAUUCUCAUUACUGUAUUUGAAUAGUAAAGCAUUCAAUGCUGGUAAUGAGCACUGAGAGAGAAAUCUGCUGGAUUUCCAUCAAAAUAAUGUUACAUUUGAAAUCGGUCCUAAUUUACCAAUCAAUACAUUCGAUUUUGUUUUCUCAUUACCACAAUACACAAAAUCCAUUCUCAUUACUGUAUUUAAAUAUUAAAGCAUUUAAUAGUGCCUUUACACUCAUUACAGUAAUGAGCAGUAAUGGAGGAGUCUGCUGAAUGUUUUCAAAACAAUAUUUUCAUGGGCGACAGUCUUCAUUUUUAGUAAAAUACAUGUGAUUUUGGGUUUUCAUUACCGUAAUGCAUAAAGAUGUUCUGGUAAGGAGCACUGAGAGAGAAAUCUGCUUAAUUUCCAUCAGAAUAAUGUUGUAUUUCAAAACAUCCUUAAUUUACAAAAGAAUACAUUAGAUUUUAGUUUCUCAUUACCACAAUACACAAAAUCCAAUCUCAGUACCGUAUUUGAAUAGUAAAGCAUUCAGUACUGCCUUUAUACUCAUUAUGGUAAUGAGCAUUAAGGGAGAAAUGUGCCGAAUUUACAUCAAAUUAGUGUUUUAAUGGAAAACAGGCUUCAUUUUUCUAGAAACACAUUUCAUUUUGGCUUCUCAUUACCACAAUAGACACUAUGUUAAUGAGAACCAAAAGACAACUGAAUUUCCAUUAAAAUAAUGUCACAACACAAAACUCCCCUUGCUUUUCUAAGCAAAACACCUUUGAUUUUUGGGUUGAAAUAUAACCUGAACACAUCCUCGACUGCUUUAUGUAACCCUCCGAGGAAAUAACACUCUCGUACGUGAACCUCUAUAUUUAUUAUCUAUGUGUAGUUUUAGGAACUGUAUACAAGAUGCUGUUGAGAAGCCAUUAAGUGGACCUGAUAGCUGUAUGAACUUUAUGGAAGAAGUCUAACACGCCCUUCCAUGAUUUUUAACAUUUAUUUUUGGUUUGUUUAUUUGUGGCGGCAAUAUUUGCCUGCCUGAAACAAUGCACUGAUUUUUAUUUUAUUUUCCUUUUAUUCAUCGUUACUGAAGAAACAAGCUGGUUCUCCCUAUCGUCGCCGAGGGAUCUUGACGCUUACGUAAACAACAGAGGAAGCUCCUCCCCCUUUUGCUCUCCUCCGUUUCCUCUUCCUGUUGGUGUGGCAUCACAAAUAGCGGCAAGAGCUGACUGACAGGACGGACUGAUGUAAAGAAUGUGCAUCUGUACAUAACGAACUAGAUUCAUUAUUCCGUGAGUGACUUUUGUUUUUUUAUUUCGUUCGUGUUAGUUACAUUCGAGCUGCUCCUCGUUUUUUUUUAUCCUACCAAAAAAAACAAAAACAAAAGAGGAAAAAAAAAUCGACUAUUAUCCAAGUGUAUGACUGUAGCUUUUAGUGGCGUCUGGCACUGCUGUGUAUAGACCUUUGACCUUUGCAAGUCUCCACUGCAUGUGUAAAGCCUGGACACGGGGCCGAUUUCUCAUAGUGAUCCAUCCGAACAGUUGCCCCGUCUGUAAAUAAUGAAUGUUCAGUAUUUGCGACUGGGUUUUGUUUUCGUUUUUUAAAAUCCCCCUUUGUUUUGUUUUACAUUUUGUGUGUAUCGUUAUGAUCUGCGUUGGUCAGAUGUAUUAUAUCUGAAUGUCCCAUUAAUAUCCAGCCCCCUUUUAUUUGUAUUCAUUGUACCACUGGAUGUACAAAUUGUAAAUGCCAGAGAAGUAGAUGUACGAAACGGCUGUGGGCAUUUAGUGAUGGCGUCAUCACUGGACGGACCCCCCGUAUACUGUAAUAUUGGGAUUUUAGGCACAGUCAUUUAUCCAUGUGACCGUUUUUAGAGGAGAGAUUCACAUAUUGUUCCUAUGCCUUUACGGUUUGGCCGGCUGUUUUCCCCUCCGUGUGAAAAGCACAUGCUCAUCUCCAGUGCCUCAGCUGAGAUCAGGACGUCACCCUACUCUGCUUCAGAUGUAACUUAUUGGGCAUGGUUCAAUUUUAAUGGCUUUAUUAAUAAAACAUUCAAACAGUCAACUAAA